AUGACAGAAUCUCAAUCGAACAUCCAUCAUGCAAAUAGCAUGAAUGGUCCAACCGGUAGAAGUGAUGCUAGACAUCCAAGUAUACUGCAUCCAGAUCUCGAGAUACGUUCCAGUGAUGAAUUGCCAGAUCCAAGUGAAUUGGAAUUGGAGGAAGAGUUAGAUGGUUGGCACGGAUACAUCGAAUGGGAAAAAUAUCCUGAGCGAAAGCAGAAAGUAAAAGAAUUCAUGAAGAAAUAUAAGUUUCCCUCGGUAUGGAACCAGUCCAAGGCGCCCGAAUUUCAAUUAGUUUCCCUUACCAAAACCAAUCCAGUACUAGAAGGUUUAAGAUGGAAACAGUAUCAUUAUGCAUUGGGCAAAAAGACGAAAGAUAUGCCAGCAGAGAGUUGGCUGUUUGUUGAGAAGGAAAAGUCUCCAGACAUGAUUCAAUGUCUUUUACAAUUCCCAUACAACGGAGAACCCCCUCGAGUUGAAUCGGCCAUAACUUCUAAUGAGGAUCAUUUUGUUCGAAAUCAUGGUGGAAUUCCUGAGAUCGACGAAGAUUCUUACUUCUUCGAUGUUGCUGGUUUGGUCAAUAAUCCGAAACGUAUUACUUUAAAGGAUUUAAAGGAUGAAACCAUCUUCCCGAGACAGAGUAACGUGGUCACGAUUCAAUGUUCAGGGACCAGGAGAAUUGAGCAAAUCAAUGAGUAUCCUGGCGACGGAGAUGAACUUAUCAAUGCACCCUGGGGAGAAGGAGCCAUUGGAACCGCACGAUGGACCGGUGUAUCUCUCAAGAAAGUGAUCAAAUACUGCGGCGGUCUCAAAGACCCAUCAGGAACUUAUCAUCUUGAAUUUCUCGGCGCAGACACCUACUUCAAAAAGGGAGAAGUAUACAACUACGCUGUAUCCGUUCCCUGGCGCAAGGUGAAAAUUAAUGAGGUACUGCUGGCCUGGGAAAUGAAUGGGGAGCCACUCCCUAAGAUCCAUGGCUUUCCAUUACGUGCUGUGGUGGGAAAACAUAAUGCAGCUUAUAGUUCUGGAUUUAGUAUUCAAGAUAUGCCAGUAAGUUCAGCGAUCAUGAGCCCAGUGGAUAUGGAUCAGAUAAUACAUGAGGGGACAAUAAAAAUGAGGGGAUGGGCAUACAGUGGGGGAGGACAUUGGCCGGUGAGAGUCGAGGUUAGUGGGGAUGGAGGGACUAUUUGGAAUUGGGAUCUCCAUGUCACUUCUUCCUGUCACCGAAUCAAAGUCUUUAGUAUCAACAAGACGAGACCAAAGACUGCAGCAAGACUGCAAAUGUAUGAGAAAAUGGGAGUACCAUUCCUGCCAAUCACUCAGCCUGGACCUUUUGAAUUGGAGGAAGAUGACACGUAUGAUGCAGAGAUGGAAGCUAGAGGUGGUCGGGAUCCUUUAGAGUAA